AUGUCUGUUCUUACUCCCUCUACAUCCUACCUUCUCGAGUCCACCAUUUGUCCUACGUCUUUGAUUUGUCGCAAAGAUGGACAUCUCAUCUCUCAUGACCGUCGCUUCCAUUCAUAUCCCGAGAAAGUACAGGAGGUGGCUGUCAUAAUGUCUCUUAUGCUUGUGGGUGGAAACUCCUCUACCGUUAUUUCCCAGUCUAGCAACCGCCCGUCUACUGUGAGCAUCAAAGCGGAACAAUCGAAAUCAGAACGUGCACGGCGGCAGGUUGCACAGAAGGCCCACGAUGCCAUGCGGAAAAAGUGGAAAGCAAGAGCUCUGAAAGUGUCCUCCGCGGAGCGGACCAUCGCCAAUUGGUUUCAGUCGGCCGUCAUGGCAUGGGCGUAUGCUGAAGUGACCCCCUAUCCGGAUGACGUGUGGACAGACCUUCUUUCUAUUGCAGUGAAUCGUACUCCACGCCAGGUGCGCAACUGGUUCAGCGAUAAAAGGCAGAUGGAUGCGCGGCAAGAACCACGACUGGAGAUGCCAUCCAACCGGGACAUGCGACUCAUUAAAGUGGACAACCGUCUCAUGCGCGUACGGCCUGGCGUGUUGCGGAUGUUCGACAUCGCAGAAGAUACAUGGACUGAUCUCCAGUUCGAGACCGCCUUGGAAGCUUUCGCUCGGACCCAAGAAGCUAAAAAGGGUGAUCUUGAAGAUGAACACGGAUCGUGCAAGACAGCCUGA